CAUAAGAAUUGGCCCAAGAAUUGCAUCGUGAUAUUUUGAGCGACCAUGCUGGUUUCCCAGUGUGAGUGAGGUGCGUUGGUCGAAUGAAGCAGCUUCGUAUUACCUCGUCCUCCGUAAGUACAUAACGUCGUACUGUUUAUUAUUUUUGAGAUGGGAAUUGUCGGCUUUGAAAUUAACGGGAAUCCUGCUUCGGCUUCUGCUUUGCAUUAUGGUGUUAACUCGUUCUCUUCCUAUGCGGUUCCUAUUUCUCUGAGACCCUUUUUUGGGAACGCUUUGAACGCCAGGAAGAUUCGGGUCUCUAAUUCUCGAAAGCCGAAUUUCGGGGCAGUUACUGCUUCACUGAAUGGUGGCUCCAAUGCUGGGUUGAUUAGUGACCCGCUUCUUCCCACGGACUCAGAAUUCAAGCCAUCCUUCGACGAGUAUUUGAAGGCUAUGAAAUCUGCCAAAACUUUCAGAGGCAACAAGCCUGCUUCCACUGCUCAAAAACAGAAGACGAUGGAAAAGGGUGAUGGAAGGAGCAACACCAAAAAAAUUGAUAGUGUUGGUAAGAAAAUUUAUAGAAAAGAUGGGCUUGUUGGUGCAAAAGAAGAUGGGGCAUUAAAAGUUGAUGGAGCUGUUGUGUACAGAGAAGGUUCCUCCAGAAGUAGUGGUAAGGUCAGAAGAACACCAAUUAAAGGAUUUAGAAGUGAAAAUGUAAGGAAAGGAAACAACUUUGAUGUGAAGGCAGAGCAAAAAAAUGGGUCGUUGAAACGCCGGAGUCGUAGUUUAGAACCAGAGUUUGAUGAUCGCAGGGGGAUUGAGAAUCAAGACAAAAGUGGAAGUGGAAGGACGAGUAAGAGCAUAAUUAGGUCUGGUUUUAAUGGUAGCCAUGGGGGUAUCAAAGAGAGAGGAGUUACUCAUGAUUUAUAUUCUUCAAAGACUUGGGGGGAAAAGGUUGUUGAUAACAGACAAAGGGAUUACAACACACAGGGUAAAUUCCCUGAUGGAGAUAAAAUUGUAGCUAGACAAGAAGUUAAGGAUAUAGGAUUUGGUAGAAGAAAUACUGAAAACGGAAGUUUGAUAAAUAGAAAUGGACUGUCAAAUGUCAAAUUGAAUGGAAGCCGUAAGCGUUUCAUUGAUAGGGGUUAUGAUUCUGACAACUUGGAGAUGGACCGAGCAGCAUUUGAGAAUCUUGAUGACCCAAAAAGGGUUAUCAAAAAGUUGCAAUUUUCACACAAGGAAAUGGAGGAGAAAAUCCAAAAGCUAGCCAAAUUGUUAAAUGGUGCAGAUAUCAAUUUACCUGAAUGGAUAUUUUCUAAGACAAUGAGAAGUGCAAGGAUUAAAUUUUGCGACUAUUCCAUAACAAGGGUUAUCAUAAUCUUGGGAAAACUAGGAAACUGGCGGCGAGUGAUACAGGUCAUCGAAUGGCUUCAAAAGCGUGAACGUUUUAAGUCCCACAAGCUAAGGCAUAUAUAUACAGCUGCUCUUGAUGCACUUGGAAAGUCAAGGAGACCUGUAGAGGCACUAAAUAUAUUUCAUGCAAUGCAGCAACAUAUGUCCUCAUAUCCUGAUUUAGUAGCUUAUCAUAGUAUUGCUGUUACUCUUGGACAAGCAGGGCACAUGAAGGAACUCUUUGAUGUAAUUGAUAUUAUGCGGUCACCACCUAAGAAGAAGUUCAAAACAGGGGUACUGGAGAACUGGGACCCAAGGCUGGAACCUGAUAUUGUAGUUUAUCAUGCAGUCCUUAAUGCUUGUGUUAGGCGGAAACAAUGGGAAGGGGCCUUUUGGGUUUUACAGCAGUUAAAGGAGAAAGGACAACAACCUUCUGCUACGACUUAUGGCCUAGUUAUGGAGGUGAUGUUUUCAUGUGGCAAGUAUAACUUGGUUCAUGAAUUUUUCAGAAAGCUUCAGAAGUCUUUCAUUCCCAAUUCAUUGACAUAUAGAGUUCUUGUAAAUACACUUUGGAAAGAGGGAAAAACUGAUGAGGCUAUAUUGGCUGUCCAAGAAAUGGAAAUACGUGGAAUUGUAGGUUCUGCUUCUCUUUAUUAUGAUCUAGCUCGAUGUCUCUGUGCAGCUGGAAGAAGCCAUGAGGCACUAAAGCAGAUAGACAAGAUAUGUAAGGUUGCAAAUAAACCAUUGGUAGUUACCUACACUGGCUUGAUGCAAGCAAGUUUAGACUCUGGAAACAUUCAAGAUGGGGCUUAUAUUUUUGAGAAAAUGAAGGAAAUUUGUACUCCAAAUCUGGUUACUUGUAACAUAAUGCUGAAAGCUUACUUGGAACAUGGCAUGUUUCAAGAAGCUAAAGCGUUGUUUGAGCAGAUGUCAGAAAAUGCAAAUCAUUUGAGGAGAAAUAGUGAUUACAAAAUGCUGGUGGUACCAGAUACAUACACAUUCAACACCAUGUUAGAUGCAUGUGUUGCAGAGAAGAGAUGGGAUUAUUUUGAUGAUGUCUAUCAAAGGAUGCUGUACCGUGGUUAUCACUUCAAUCCAAAACGUCACCUUCGAAUGAUAUUGGAGGCUUCAAAAGCUGGAAAGGAACGGCCUUUGGAGAUAACAUGGAAGCACUUAACCGAUACAGAUCGCAUUCCAUCAGCUCCUCUGAUCAAGGAAAGGUUCUGUGCAAAGCUUGAGAAAGAUGACUAUGUUGCUGCUCUCACAUGUAUUACCAACAACCCCCCACAAGAUUUGCAGCCAUUUUCCAAGUCGUCUUGGUUGAAUCUAUUCAAAGAAAAUUCUCAACGGUUUCAGACGGACACGAUUGUUAGACUAAUGAAUGAGGCUAGCAAUAUAGUUUCCAAUAGUAGUUUGCCGAAUCCAACACUUGAGUAUUUAAUGCAAUCAUGCAAAGAAUUUUUGUUUGCCACUGAUCUCAGUGCAGCUGACACGGAUUCACUGAAAAAUGUAUUUACUGUAGAAAGUCAGCUGGUAAUAGCCAAUUCUAGAUGAACGUUUCUAUCCAAAGCUUUGUAAUAUAUUCUUAACCAAAAUCUAAUGGAAGCCUUCUAUUAAAUGCAUUUCAUGCA